AUGGCGGCAGCUACCGAUACUAAGAACUACAAGUUCAACCACUCGAUGAUUCGGGUGAAGGACCCGAAGGAGUCUGUCAAGUUCUACGAGUUCCUGGGUAUGAAGGUCAUCAAGAAGGCGGAAUUCCCCGAGGCAAAGUUUGAUCUGUACUUCUUGGGCUACGACGGCCCCGGCGCCGUAUCCCACGGGAAACAUGUGACCGACAGGGAGGGGAUCAUCGAGCUCACACAUAACUACGGCACGGAGAAUGAUCCCGAGUACAAGGUCAACACUGGCAAUGCAGAGCCUCAUCGUGGCUUUGGACAUACCUGCAUCAGUGUUGACAACAUCCAAGCCGCCUGUCAACGACUGGAGGAUGCCGGUUACAAAUUCCAAAAGAAACUUACGGAUGGUCGCAUGAAGCAUAUUGCUUUUGCACUUGACCCUGAUGGGUACUGGGUUGAGAUCAUUGGACGCAAGCCCAUCGAAGAGACCGAGAACGUUAAGGAGACGGACAUUGGAACAUACAGAAUGAACCACACGAUGAUCCGAGUCAAGGACGCAGAGAAGUCACUCAAAUUCUACCAAGAAGUGCUGGGCAUGUCUCUCCUGCGCGAGGCAGGCAACCCCUCGGCCGGCUUCACCUUGUAUUUCCUCGGGUACCCAGGCGAGCAGGGCCUGCCAAAGGACGGCAAGACGGCCGACCGCGAGGGUCUGCUGGAGCUGACCUGGAACCACGGGACGGAGAAGGACGAGGGCUUCAGCUACCACAACGGCAACGACCAGCCCCAAGGCUUCGGCCACAUUUGCGUCACGGUUGACGACGUCAACAAGGCCUGCGACCGGUUCGAGAGCCUGAACGUCAACUGGAAGAAGCGGCUCACAGACGGGCGGAUGAAGAAUGUGGCUUUCGUCCUUGACCCGGACAACUACUGGGUCGAGAUCGUUGAGAAUGGGGAUCUGUAG